AUGGCUGGACCUCGAGAUGAACGAACCCACUUCUUGUACUUGAAAUGGUCGGAUCUUUACAAUCGGGAAAAGCCUUUCCAGCUCUUCCUCGAUAUCCCAAAGGAGUCGCCAGACCAACGGAAGUCGAACUUGGUAUAUGAAGAAGGUCCGGAAGAAAUAGUGCACGAUGUGCGGGGACGAGAAUCCGAGUUUUCAAUCGAUAACAACGGUUUCACAUACAUCAAGCACAGCACCAAGCUCUCUAGCGAGCAGUUCGAGGAUCAUGCUGCAGUUGAAGGCUGCUAUCUCCCAGAAUGCGAGAAGCUCCUCCGGAAGCACCUCGAGGGCGUUGACCGCGUCCAUUUUUUUGAUUGGAGGUUGAGGAAUAAUUCUCUAUCAAAGUGGUAUGGGAAGCUCGUGAAUUUAAGCGACCCGGCUCAGCCCCUUCCACCGGAGAAACAUGUUCAUGUUGAACCCAGACUUACGGUAACGGUAGAUCAGGCCCCGGAUGCUGUUGUCCGCAGAGUUCAUUUGCACCUCGGUGACGACGCUGAAUACUUGCUGAAAGGGCGUGUUCGAACUAUCAAUGUUUGGAAGCCACUGAACGGCCCGAUUGAAGACUGGCCGCUAGCUGUCUGCGAUGGGAAGACCGUCAAGGAUGAAAAUAUGAUUGAAACGGAUCAUAUCCGCAGGCAGUAUGAUGGCACGACCAUGUACGCGCAGUACAGUGAAGGAAUGAAAUGGUAUUUCAUGAGCCAGCAACAGAAUGACGAUGUGCUGCUGCUCAAGAACUUCGAUUCGAAUUCUGACGUUCUCGCAAGAUAUGCUCCUCAUGCUUCGUUUGGACUUGCAAACGAAGGGGCUGCUCCGAGACAGAGCAUAGAAGUUCGUGCCUUGGUUUUUACUUAUCCUAAGAAUUGUUGACACUCAGCGAGGAUGGGACGACGAAAAGUGCGA